AUGCAGUACACUCCUCUCUUCUUCGGCCUCGCCGCCGUCUUCGGCCUCGUGUCCGCCACUCCUCGCCCAGCCCCCGCCCGCUCCGUUGCCGGCGACACCGGCUGCGGCGUCUACGGCAUCUUCUGCAACACCCCCGACACCUUCUCCCUCUGCGUCCCAACCUCCACCGGAACCGAGUACUUCUUCUUCGGCUCUGUCGCCCAAGGCACCUUCUGCGACACAACCGAGAACCGCAUCCGCGCCGACAACUUUGGCAACUGCUCCCCCGAUGGCCAACUCUUCUGCGGGGCGAAUGGCCUCACCUUCUUCAUCUGUGACCAGGGAGGUCUGAUCAGCUUCGGUCCUACCGCCGCUGGUACCGAGUGUGUCAAUGGCGAGAUUGUUGCUUGCGAUGGCGUGUGCGGUGAUGACACCGCUUCGACUACCACUACCCCGGACAGCACUACGACUUCCGAUACCAUCUCCGAUACAUUCACCACACCCUCUACCACACCUACUACCACUACAUCUUUCACCACCACUUCCGACACCUCCUUCAGUACAUUCAGCACAUCGAAUACCACUACCACGUCGCCAAGCACCACCCCAGUGAGCACAUCCACCGCUGUAACCACGACUCCAUUGUCCAGCUCCUCUUUGAUUACCUCAAUCACCAUCCCAUCCUCAACCCUCACAUCUUCUAGCUCGAGCCUCUCAAUCACCUCCCCAUCCAUAACCCUCACAUCUUCUAGUUCGACUAGCUCGUCAACCGACUCCUCGUCUUCCUCAAGCGACUCCUCGUCCUCCUCAAGCGACUCAAGCUCAUCGUCCAGCUCUUCCAGCUCUUCCAGCACGAGCGUGACCGUAGUCACAAGCACCACCACUGCUACGGAUGCCGCAACCACAUAG